AAAUAUCUAAUUACUUAAUUAGUAUAACACAUGAUCAGUCUUAAUUAAUUUUCUAAACUCUCCGUCUCUCUCAGUGAGGACACCUGGAGCCUUGACGACAAACGCCUAAGAAAUAGAGACCUUUUAGUUGUCGGAAAAUCAAAGAGUCGUUUAAGUUUUCUCGAGAAACAAACAGAAAACCCUAGCUUUGAAAUUCUCGGGGCCAUCGUCAAUGGCGGUCUCAGAGGAAGAGUGUUCGUCUGCAAAGUCCCGAUCAUCGUCAUCAGCCUCCUCCAGCAGCUCUCACUACCUCGCCAAGUGCGUCCUCCGAGGGAGCGUUGUUCUUCAGGUUCUCUAUGGUCACAUCCGCUUUCCCACUUCCUACGACGUCGUCUUCGGGAAGGAGACUUCCAUAGAGUUGGUCAUAAUUGGUGAAGAUGGGAUUGUACAGUCUAUAUGUGAGCAGCCUGUGUUUGGUACCAUUAAAGACAUUGCCAUCCUACCCUCGAAUGACAAAUUCCGCACCCAAAACCCACAGAUGCUGGGUAAAGACCUUUUGGUUGUUAUUUCUGAUUCUGGGAACCUCUCAUUUCUCUCUUUUUGCAAUGAAAUGCACAGGUUUUUUCCUGUGACACAAGUUCAACUUUCUAAUCCUGGAAAUUCAAGGAAUCAGCUUGGAAGAAUGCUAGCCAUUGAUUCAAGUGGCUGUUUCAUUGCUGCUAGUGCUUAUGAAAACCAGUUGGCUAUGUUCUCUGUUUCAGUGUCUGGAGGCAGUGACAUUAUUGAUAAGAAAAUAGUCUUCCCCCCCGAAAAAGAAGCAGAUGCUAGUGCUGCCAGAGUUCAAAAAGACAGUAUAUGUGGUACUAUAUGGAGCAUGAGCUUUAUUUCAAAGGAUCCUAGUCAAUCAAGUAAGGGGCAUAAUCCUGUACUUGCCGUUCUUCUAAAUAGGAGGGGGGCAGUCCUUAAUGAAUUGCUGUUACUGGGAUGGAAUAUUAGUGAACAGGAAAUUUAUGUGAUUUCUACGUAUACUGAAGAUGGACCGUUAGCACAUAGUAUUGUUGAAGUUCCUCAUUCUUAUGGAUUUGCUUUUAUGUUUAGGGAGGGUGAUGCUCUCCUAAUGGAUCUUAGAGAUGCACAGAUCCCCUAUUGUGUCCACAAAACAAGCCCAAAUUUCUUAUCCAAUGUGGUUGAUGAGGCAAAUUUUGUUCAAGAGUCAUCUAGAGGAUGUGAUCUAUCUAGAGUACUUCAGGUUGAUGAUGAAGGAGGUUUAUUUAAUGUAGCUGCAUGUGCUUUACUAGAACUAAGCGAUUUAGAUCCAAUGUGUAUAGAUGGUGACAAAUACAAUGUGAAUGUGACUUACAAACAUGUGUGUUCAUGGAGUUGGGAACCGGGAAAUGCUAAAAAUCCCAGAAUGAUCAUUUGUGCAGAUACAGGAGAAUAUUUCAUGAUUGAAAUUAUCUUUGGUCCUGAUGGACUUAAGGUUCAAGAAUCUGAGUGUCUUUACAAAGGUUUACCCUGCAAGGCAGUUUUGUGGGUUGAAGGCGGGUUUCUGGCUGCAAUAGUAGAGAUGGGAGACGGGAUGGUAUUGAAAAUGGAAAAUGGGGCACUUCUUUAUGCAAGUCCUAUUCAAAAUAUUGCCCCAGUAUUGGAUAUGUCAGUUGUGGAUUACCAUGAUGAAAAACAUGAUCAAAUGUUUGCCUGUUGUGGAGUGGCACCGGAGGGGUCACUAAGGAUUAUUAGGAAUGGUAUAAGUGUGGAAAAGCUACUGAGGACUGCACCUAUAUAUCAAGGGAUUACUGGUACUUGGACAUUACGAAUGAAAGUAAUUGAUUCUUACCAUUCUUUUCUUGUGCUAUCAUUUGUUGAGGAGACCAGAGUAUUAUCAGUUGGUUUAAGCUUUACUGAUGUGACGGAUUCAGUUGGUUUUCAGCCUGACGUUUCUACUUUGGCCUCCGGUGUUGUAAAUGAUGGAUUGCUGAUUCAGAUUCACAAAAGUGCAGUUAGGCUCUGUUUACCCACCAAGGCUGCCCACUCUGAAGGUAUUCCACUGCCUUCUCCGGUUUGCACAUCUUGGUUCCCAGAAAAUAUGAGUAUCAGUUUGGGGGCUGUUGGACAUAAUCUAAUUGUUGUUUCUUCGUCUAAUCCAUGCUUUUUAUUCAUUCUUGGGGUUAGAUUGCUUUCGGCGCAUCAUUAUGAAAUAUAUGAAAUGCAACAUUUGAGAUUGCAAAAUGAAUUAUCGUGUGUUUCCAUUCCUCAGAAAUGUUUUGAGGGAACCAGUCUGGUGGAUAAUAGCUGUGCUGCCACCCUUCCAUUUGGAGUUGACAUCAGUAAUAUCUUUGUUAUUGGCACGCACAAGCCUUCAGUGGAAGUUUUGUCUCUUGUGCCUAAUGAAGGACUGAGAGUUCUUGCUUCUGGGACGAUCUCGUUAACAAAUACUUUGGGAACUGCUAUUAGUGGCUGCAUUCCUCAAGAUGUAAGGCUUGUAUUAGUGGACCGAUUGUAUGUCCUUUCGGGAUUGAGGAAUGGAAUGCUGCUUCGUUUUGAAUGGCCUGCUUCACCAACAAUGCCUAAAAUAUAUGAUGUUAAGUUCUCUGAGAAGACAAAAGACAAAUUUCCUAUUGAACUUCAGUUGAUUGCUACACGUCGGAUUGGCAUCACCCCUGUUUUCUUGGUUCCUUUGAGUGACUCGCUAGAUGGUGAUAUAGUUGUUCUCAGUGAUAGGCCUUGGUUGUUGCAUACUGCAAGGCACAGCCUCUCAUAUACUUCUAUCUCAUUUCAAUCUUCGACGCAUGUCACUCCUGUAUGUUAUGUGGAAUGCCCUAAGGGAAUUUUAUUUGUUGCAGAAAACUGUCUACAUUUGGUAGAGAUGGUGCAUAGUAAGAGGCUUAAUGUGCAGAAGUUUCAUCUUGGAGGCACUCCGAGGGAGGUCCUUUAUCAUAGUGAAAGCAGGCUAUUGCUUGUGAUGAGGACUGAUUUGAGUAAUGAUACAUCUUCAUCCGAUAUAUGCUGUGUAGAUCCUCUUAGUGGGUCAGUGCUGUCAUCUUUCAAACUUGAACCCGGUGAAACAGGGAAAUCCAUGGAGUUAGUGAGGGUUGGAAAUGAACAGGUUCUUGUGGUUGGGACGAGUUUAUCUUCUGGUCCAGCCAUAAUGCCUAGUGGUGAGGCUGAGAGUACCAAGGGACGUCUUAUUGUUCUCUGUCUUGAACAUGUGCAAAAUUCAGACAGUGGCUCAAUGACAUUAUGCUCAAAGGCAGGGUCAUCUUCUCAACGUGCAUCUCCAUUUCAUGAAAUUGUUGGGUAUGCCACAGAACAGCUUUCAAGCAGUAGUCUUUGCAGUAGCCCAGAUGAUACGAGCUGUGAUGGAAUUAAACUUGAAGAAACUGAAGCAUGGCAGUUUCGAUUGGCUUAUGUAACCAAAUGGCCUGGGAUGGUGCUUGCAAUCUGUCCUUAUCUUGAUCGUUACUUCUUGGCGUCUUCUGGUAAUGCUUUUUAUGUAUGCGGGUUUCCAAAUGACAAUUCCCAAAGAGUGAGAAAGUUUGCUUGGGCAAGGACACGUUUUAUGAUUACGUCUUUGACUGCACAUUUCACUACAAUUGCUGUUGGUGAUUGUCGUGAUGGUGUUCUUUUCUAUGCUUAUCAUGAGGAUUCCAAAAAGCUGCAGCAACUGUACUUUGAUCCAUGUCAGAGAUUAGUUGCUGAUUGCAUUCUUAUGGAUGUCAAUACUGCUGUUGUUUCAGAUCGUAAGGGAAGCAUUGCUGUUCUUUCUUGUGCAGAUUAUUUAGAAGAUACCGCAAGUCCAGAAUGUAAUUUAACAGUGAGCUGUGCUUAUUAUAUGGGCGAGAUAGCUAUGAGCAUCAGGAAGGGAUCAUUUUCAUAUAAACUCCCAGCUGAUGAUGUAUUGAAGGGUAGUGAUGGAAAUAUCGACUUCUCUCAAAACGCCAUCAUUGUGAGUACACUGCUUGGAAGCAUAAUAACCUUCGUGCCAAUAUCAAGGGAAGAAUAUGAACUCUUAGAAGCUGUCCAAGAUAGACUAGUGGUGCAUCCAUUAACUGCUCCUAUUCUUGGGAAUGAUCAUAAUGAGUAUCGUAGUCGUGAAAAUCCGGUAGGAGUACCUAAGAUACUUGAUGGUGACAUGCUCUCUCAAUUCUUGGAGCUGACUGGUAUGCAACAAGAGGCAGUAUUAUCAUCACCUCUUGGGGCACAAGGCACUGUAAAGCCCGGUUUGAAAUCGCGAUAUGCGCUAAUCCCUGUUAAUCAGGUUGUGCAACUCCUUGAGCGGGUUCACUAUGCCCUAAACUAAAUAUUUAUUUUCUUUCGAUCAUGAUCUGGAGAUGGGCUUUCAAGUCUCCACGGAGGAAGCAUCUGAUGCCAAUUAUCUUUAGUUGUACCUCCUUUUUGCCUGGACAAGUGAAUGGCAACUGUGCACAUUUGAGUGUGCACGACCUUGUUGCGAAUCUCUACUCUCAACUGUUAAUACCAUGGAGCUAACCAUCAUACUGAUGAAGCGUAUCUUAGAGUCACAUUCUUUCAUCAAAUUCAAUGAGGGGGCAAAAAGUGCGCAACAUGGAUGAAUUUGCCUGUCAUUUUAUGUAACAUAUCGCAUUGUUCCUUGUAUUGUAGAAUUGGUUAUACGUAUAAUACGCCGAGAAACAGAUGAGAGAGUUAAUUCUGUAUAUUAGAUAAAUGUGCCUGUUCUUCUGUGGCUGCAGAAGCAUAAAGCAAUUAAUGUAACAUUUUGCUUACGGCUGGAGUCAUUUUUCUCAAUGAAGUGCCUUUUACAUCUGUA